CUCUCUUUCUCGCUCUCAAAUAAAUAAAUACAUCUUAAAAAAAAAGAAAAGAAAAGAAAAAGAAAACUACUUUAUCCCCUGGACACUAAGAGGAAAAUACCCAAGCGACUAAGAUUGUGUAACCUCAGUGUUUUUCAGAUUUAUGCUUCUGGAACCCUUUGCUCAAAUGAAAUCUCUCUUGGAAUCUUGAUAUAAAUAAAACAGAUUUUUAAAAGGUCAUUGUAUUAGCAUUCCUUUAUUUUAUAAGUUCACAUAGAUCAUUUUAUAACACCUAUUAAAUGACAUUCAGAACCAGAUGUUCUGAUGUCACAUAUCAGAAACCCAGGGUUAGAGGUGAUAGCUGCAAACUUAUCAACCUCAGCAUUUGAUCCUGCCUCGUUUUGGCUGCGCAGAAUCAGUAAAAUUGUGAUUCAGACAGAAAAUAACUUAGUAUCUCAACCACUGCUCAUAUCUUCAUAAUAAAUGUAGGGCAAUACACGCCUAAAAACCCUCUAUGAUACAUCAUCACAUCCAAAGGCUACCCUUGCACGUGUUAUCACAUAAAAGCUGACAUUUCUCAGAGCACCAUAUGUGUGUAGCGAUAGCCCCUCUGUACAAUUUUGUAUGAUAAAUUCACAGCAGUAAAUCUAAAUAUAUAACUACUAGUGCAGAACUACAACCGUCCUAGUCUGUGACACAUUUGGAAGACAUUUAAUAGCACAGAAAUGACGAAGGAUUUAGACAGAAAACUGUACAGAAUGAGCUCCUCGGCAGCACAAGGAAGGGACUGAUUAAUGUCUAUCACGAGUACACUGACUGUUCUACCUUCAUGCUCUGCUUCCUGGUUGCCUAAGAUUCAGGAGAAAUGCCCUUCUAGUCCUGCCCAGAGAAGAGCCGCCUCCUCCUCCUCAGCUGCCUCUUGGUCCUUUAUCAGCGCCAGUAGCCAGUAGCUGCAAUAAGCCAGCGGAUGGGCCGUCCUGUGGCUGAGCAAGCUUCCUGCGAAGGGCUCUGUGGACUGCUCCAGCCAAGAUUUGGUCUCGGCGGGCCUGAUUCACAACAUCUUUCUCAACUGCUCCUCUCUCUACCAGUUUCUGUAAUAAAGGCUCCAACCUCAGCACAUAAGCAGGCAAUUGCUCUCCAUCCUUCUGCUAAGUGGUCAGAUACUUGAUCUGCAAUUCCCUAGGAUGAUCAAUAACCCCAAAUACCUGCUCAAGAGCCUGCAGGCAUUCAGCGACUGUAAUGAAGGGACUGUUUAUCUUGAGGACACGAAUAACAUCAAAUGCCGGGCCUCUAAGGCUCUCCAGCAAGCGUCUUCUUUUCUCUGCAUCUGGCACCCGCCAAGUCUUCAUCAUCUGAGUAGUAUGAAACAGCCAGGAUUCAAAUUCUUCUGGUUCCGGAGGGUCACCGCCUGAGAACACUCUCAGCUUUUUGUAUUUCGGGUACCGCACGGCGGGCCGAAGAGCCUCCUCUAAUGCCUGUGCCAACAUAGGGCCUGUAUUUCUGGGAUCAUGUCCUGGCCUAGGUCAAAAGGGUCGUUUCCAUAUCCAAGAGCUCCGGUCAACUCCCCCAACGUUGUGCCCUCUCCCUCUAAGAAUUCAUUUAAUCUGCUUAAAAAUUCAUUAUUCAGGUCUGGGGGCUUAAAGAUCACUCUCCAGACACCCCUUUUUCCGGGGAGCUCCUCAGGGACUAGAGCAAGAGCCGUCUCCUCAGUCAGCCCUACUAAGGCUACGUUCCGGUUGUCAUCCCGCCGGAACACCCUCCGGAGCGGUCUGUACCCGCCCAUCGGCGCCAAACCUGCCCGCGGAGCCUCCCCGAUUUCUGCCACAGUGCAGGUCGGGGGGAUGCCGGCAACGAACAGCGCUUUCCGAGGGUUCACCUCCAUCCCCCUGCACCAGUCUUCCAAGAGCCUCAGCGUCAGGGUGCCCCAAACAACAGAUUUUUAAAUUCUAAUGGGGCCGGGGCACCGAUGCCGCCGCAACGCACGGCGUUUCUCCGCGGCACCCCCGGCACAGAGCAUGGAGAAUGAUGAACUUCCGUCAGAGGAUGGGAUGGAUUGGAGUGGGACUGUAUUUGUUAGCAAGUGCAGGAGCGUUUUACUACGUUUUUGAAAUCAACGAGACUUACAACAGGCUGGCCUUGGAACACAUUCAGCAGCACCCGGAAGAGCCCCUUGAAGGAACCACAUGGACACACUCCUUGAAAGCUCGUUUACUCUCCCUGCCUUUUUGGUUUUGGACACUUAUUUUUCUGAUACCUUAUUUACAGAUGUUUUUGUUCCUCUAUUCUUGUACAAGAGCUGACCCCAAAACGGUGGGCUACUGUAUUAUCCCCAUAUGCUUGGCAGUUAUUUGCAAUCGCCACCAGGCAUUUGUCAAGGCUUCUAAUCAGAUCAGCAGACUACAGCUGAUUGACACCUAAAAUCAGUCACCAUUUUUUCCUUACAGUUACAAAACUGCCAGUACUAUAUGGAGCCUGAUCACAAGACUGCAGUUUGUUCACAGAUCUCAGGAAGUUGUGGUGGGGCAGAGGCUUUCUAAAAAGUGUGACUAGGGGGUUAUCUUUAUCUGAAUAAUAAUGCAUUUUUAAGUGAAGCCUGAGAUACAGUACUACAAAAUCAUGUUGAGGACUUCAGAUUUUGGAAGUAAAAUCGUGUCUGUUAUUUGCAUUCUUUAGAAACUUGAAUAAGUACCUGAACUCCUAUUUUUAUUCUACUGUGCAACAUAGUGAUGAUUCAGAAAUUUUUCCUUUGGGGAAAAAAUGAAUAUGAACAUUUCCAUUGUGCUUAGUGUAAAAAGGUCCAAACGUGGUCAUAAAAUUUAAAUUUUAUACAAU